AUUAUGUUGAAAUUCAGAAUAUUUCUUUGGAGAUAUUAGUAAAAUAAGUAACAGAAAUAAACAUUUUUUGGAUGCUUUAAGAAUGCACAUUAAGAAUCCAAACUUUUAUAUGAACAUUUCUCAUAAUUAAACAGAAUACCUAAAUAAGAGACAAUUCUUAGUAAAUGGAAAAAAAAGUAAUUUAAGCAGGAAAUAUAGGAUAAGUUGUUCAAUUUGAAAGUUUAAGUAUAAUAAAUAAAACUACCUCAUUUAAGCAAGUAGCAAAUUUUAGAUUCACUUAAAUUAUACAAUCUUUCAAUAUAAGCACUAUUGGAAGGUAAAAGAGAGGUUGUAUAAAAUGAUAAGUUUGUAUUUUAAGAUGGGCAAUCAUUAUAAUAGAAAGUUGAUAAAAUAAAGGAUUUCCUAAUGAAAAUUACAAAUUAAUGA